AUGUUACAACCUGACGAAAAUGACCCACUUCCUCCAGAUAGUCUUCUAGCGUUCCGGAAUUUUACCGAAUAUUUGCGAAUUAAUUCCGCACGACCAAAUGUUAACUACGAUUCCUGCGUGGAAUUUCUUGAAAGACAAGCUGAAAGUUUAGAUCUACCCGUGCUAGUAUUCCGUACAACGACCGGCAAACCCAUGGUUUUGAUAACAUGGACGGGAACCGAGCUAGGCCUUCCAGGAAUACUAUUUACCAGCCAAAUGGACGUGGCACCAGUUUGUGCAAUCGAGUGGGGACACAACCCUUUUGCCGCCGAAGUUGCUAAUGGGAGAAUUUACGCUAGGGGCUCUCAAGAUUCGAAAAGUGUCGGCAUUCAAUAUAUUGAAGCUAUAAGACGCAUGAAGACCCUCAGAAUUACUUUAAAACGAACGAUCUAUUUACUUUUUAUGCCAGCUGAAAACUUCGAUGGUCAUGACGGAAUGGGUGGAUUCGUACAGACAGAAGAUUUUGUAGGGCUAAAUGUUGGAUAUGUGCUAUGUCCAGGAGAGGCGAGCCCUCACCCUGAGUUUGUAGUAUUUACGGGGGAAAGAUGUGUCUGGAAUAUGGACGUGCACUGUCAAGGCGACCCUAGCCACGGAUCUUUCUUGAAUGAGAACACCGCGGGAGAAAUAGUGACUCGUGUUUUACAUAAAUGUUUCGCUUACAGAACGAAGCAAAAGAAUAAACUGAUAGCCCAGCCUAAUUGGACGAUUGGAAAUGUCGUCACCAUUAAUCUAACAAAAAUUGAAGGUGGAGAUGAAACGUACAUGGUACCAAAAGAAUUUGUGCUAUCUUUUGAGUGUCGCAUUCCCCCCGAAAGGCAGCAAGCAGUAGAACUUGAAGAAGAAAUGGCCCAAUGGGAAGAGCUUAGUGAUACUAUAAGGGUUCAGUAUACGGUCAAAGAACCACAGAUUCCCCUCGCCUCACCUGAUGAUAUAUAUUGGAUAUCUCUGAUAGAAGCAGCUCAUGUAUUAAAAAUACAAGUGAAACCUCAAAUUUUUGGGGGUCCUACACACAGGCGUCAUUUACACAAAGCCGGAGUACCAGUGAUCGGUUUUUCGCCCAUUAACAACACGCCUAUGCUAUCACACAUUGCUGAUGAAUAUUUAGAGAUUCAAACAUUUUUAAGGGGAAUAACCAUAUAUUACGAAAUUUUUUAUGCGUUAGGGUUUGCGUAA